UUUGUGUUUUUGGCGAUCCUCAUCCAUUUCUUCUCUCUGUCGUUGUCUGGAAUCGGUGACUUUUGAAUCUUCGCGAUUCUUUGUGGUGUCAUCGUUAUCUACAUCGCUGUUACUCGCCGUUGAUACUUUUCCGUCGUUUUCUCGGUGCUGGAGAUCCGAUCCAUUUUCUUUCCUGCCUUGGCUCGAGAUCCGAGCCAAGCAGAGAAGUCGACUGUGUUUCACGAUUUGGAAUUUGUUUCCUGCGAUCACGGAUGGCAUCGGGUGAGGGAAUUUUGACUGAUGGACAGUGGAAAAAACUGGAGUUAGCAACUCAGAAUGCUGAGAACUUGUCAUCGUCGCCAAAAUCUCAUCCUCUGUUUGCUGAUUUGAACAUAAAGUCUCCCACUGGUGGGAAAGGACCAGUAGCCGGCACUCCAUUUAGGCAUGUGCGACGGACACACUCUGGGAAGCAUAUCCGUGUUAAGAAGGAUGGUGCUGGUGGAAAAGGAACUUGGGGAAAGCUUCUUGACACAGAUGGUGAUUGCUGUAUUGAUAAAAACGACCCCAAUUACGAUAGUGGAGAGCAGGAAGCAUAUGAUGAGCUUGUUGAUUCACCUGUAUCAGACCCCUUGGAUGAUUACAAAAAGGCUGUAGUCUCCAUCAUUGAGGAAUACUUUAGCACCGGGGAUGUGAAUGUGGCAGCAUCUGACCUCAGGGAACUUGGUUCGAGUGAAUAUCAUCCUUACUUCACCAAGCGGCUUGUCUCUUUGGCUAUGGAUAGGCACGAUAAGGAGAAGGAAAUGGCUUCAGUGUUACUCUCUGCAUUGUAUGCUGAUGUCAUUUCACCUGAUCAAAUUAGGGAUGGGUUUAUUAGACUUCUAAGAUCUGUUGAUGACCUUGUAGUGGACAUACCUGAUGCUGUUAAUGUCCUUGCAUUGUUUAUUGCCCGAGCAAUCGUUGACGAAAUUCUCCCUCCAGUUUUUCUAUCGAGAUCUAAGAAGAGUCUUCCAGAAUCUUCCAAAGGUUUCCAGGUUAUUGUAACUGCAGAAAAGAGCUAUCUCUCAGCCCCUCAUCACGCAGAACUAGUGGAGAGAAAAUGGGGUGGUAGUACUCACACUACAGUAGAAGAAACAAAGAAAAAGAUAUCUGAAAUCUUGAAGGAAUAUGUAGGAAACGGAGACACUUACGAAGCCUGCAGAUGCAUCAGAGAAUUAGGUGUCUCGUUUUUCCAUCACGAGGUGGUGAAGAGGGCUUUGGUUCUGGCUAUGGAAUCUCAAACAGCUGAGUCACGCAUACUAAAGCUGUUGAACGAAGCUGCUGAAGAAGGUCUGAUCAGCUCGAGUCAGAUGAUGAAGGGAUUCUACCGAGUAGCAGAGAGUCUCGAUGACCUUGCUCUAGAUGUCCCAUCUGCGAAAAAGCUGUUUGAUUCGAUAGUUCCCAAGGCUAUCUCUGGAGGCUGGCUCGAUGAUUCAUUUAAAGUAACCUCUGAUCUAGGUGGAGGGAAAUCGAGUCAAGAUGAAAAGCUAAGACAGUACAAGAAGGAUACAGUGAACAUAAUUCAGGAAUAUUUCUUAUCAGAUGACAUUCCUGAGCUAAUCCGCAGCCUUGAAGAUUUGGCGACACCUGAAUAUAACCCCGUGUUUCUAAAGAAGCUUAUAACUCUUGCUCUAGACAGGAAAAACAGAGAAAAGGAAAUGGCUUCGGUUCUUCUUUCUUCUCUUCACAUGGAGUUAUUCUCAACCGAAGAUUUCAUAAACGGUUUCAUCAUGCUCCUCGAAUCCGCAGAAGAUACAGCUUUAGACAUCAUGGACGCAUCAAACGAACUUGCUCUGUUUCUAGCUAGAGCUGUGAUUGACGACGUCUUAGCUCCACUAAACCUCGAGGAGAUAUCAAUCAAGCUACCUCCAAAAUCAACGGGAACUGAAACAGUGCGUUCAGCUCGGUCUCUUAUCUCUGCCCGACACGCAGGGGAAAGACUCCUGAGAAGCUGGGGUGGUGGGACCGGGUGGAUAGUGGAAGACGCAAAGGACAAAAUCUUGAAACUACUAGAGGAAUACGAAACAGGAGGAGUGACAUCAGAAGCUUGUCAAUGUAUCCGCGACCUAGGGAUGCCUUUUUUCAACCACGAGGUAGUGAAGAAAGCUUUGGUGAUGGCAAUGGAGAAGAAAAAUGAUGGGUUGCUGAAUCUGCUUGAGGAAUGUUUUGGUGAAGGAUUGAUUACAAGUAACCAAAUGACGAAAGGUUUUGGUCGUGUUAAAGACAGCCUCGAUGAUCUGUCUCUUGAUAUACCAAACGCGAAAGAGAAGUUUGAGUUGUAUGUUGGUCAUGCCAUGGACAAUGGCUGGAUCCUUCCUGAGUUUGGGUUUUAUGCAACUCGGUGAUGAGUGAGUGAGAGAGUGAUGACGAUUAAUGUUUGUGCAAGCUUACUACUAUAUACUUUUCCUCACUUUCUUUUAUAUAUAUAUUGUGGAAACUAUAGAUAUAUAUAUAUAUAUAUACAUUAUGUAAUAUGUUUAAUGCAUGGAUUUGGUUGGUAGAUAAACGUGAGAUGUUUAUAGUUUUCUUUUGCCU